UUUUCGCACUUCAUACUUAACAUCUACCUACGCUACGGUGAUCGCUGAGUUUGGAAACAUCUGAAAGUUCGACCAAAAUGCCAGCCCUCGAGAUAUUCACUAAUGUUAAAGAAGAUAGCAUUCCAGCUGACUUCUUUCCAAAUCUGUCCUCUGUAUUUCAGAAAGCAAUUGGAAAACCUGAAAAGUUUAUCUGUAUUCGUCUGGUGCCCAACCAAAUGAUGAGCUUUGCAGGGUCUACAGAACCUUGUGCCGUUGCGAAUGUGAGAAGUAUAGGGAAUCUAGGACUUGAAGAAAACAAGGUCAUCACCCAGAUUAUUACUGCAGAAAUGACCAAGAUUGGUGUAAAAGCUGACCGGAUGUAUGUGAUUUUCAGAGACCUUGCGAGACAGGAUGUAGGGUGGAACAAUACUACAUUUGCUUCAUAAUUUGAGGUUGAUUUAAUUUCAUAUUUUGAUUAGGGAGGAUUAUGAGUCUUCAGUAUUACUAUUCAAUUUAUUAGUGUAAUUGUGAUAGCAAAGACUUUUCAGAAACCAACUCAAAUUUUGAUUACCCUCCUGUAGGCAGUUGAAAGAUCAGACGGACAGAUGAAUAAGAGUUCAUUGCAGACAGUUUUCAUGAAAAAGAGGCCAUCUUGAAAGUGUUUUAUUCCAGUAUUCCUCCGCCAAAGACUUUUCCUUCCUGUUUAAUAGGCACCAGUCAUUGCGAUGGAAUGGAUUCAUAUCCCACCGCUGCAUGCCACCAUGUUGAAUGAUGAAAUGAACUGAUAAAUAAGAGCUCAUUGCAAACAAUUCUUAUGAACAGGGCUCAAAUUAAUUUUUUGUCCACGGGGGCUCUUCCCCCCAAAAAGAGCCCCCGUGAGCCUUCUCAC